CAUAACCUUUUCUUUUUACUUUUUUAUUAUUCAUGUGUGUUUUUAUUUGACCUCUGUAUCUUUUGAAUACUAGUUUCAGCUCUGCAUGGCAGAGCAGCUUCAGUAAUGACACGACCUUAGUAAUUUGCCACGAGUGACUGCAGUUGCACAAGAUCUAUUAAUAGAAGCAAUUUCAAAGACAGUUUUGAUCAUGAUUCAACGGUAAGUUCUGCUGACUGUGGUGACAAUCUCCUGGAUACGACAGAAGACAUGCACAUACAGAGAAAACCACCAAACAAAAAUGAAUGAAACAACUUCCAGCCACAGCUCUUCUGUGCUGUUGUUUAUUUCGACUAAAAAUGACCCACCCAACGGACAUUUCUUGCCCUCCUCUGCCAAAAAGUGGCCAGAGCCAACACACCCAGGAGAGCGGCGACGCUGGCCUCUCCUCCAACAUGAAGCACAUGUUCAGUGAUCAUUACGACGAACAUGCUUUGCCUGUGGCAGAUGAAGGCAUCUUUGGAAAACCCACUCCUAAUGAAGAAGUAGACAUCGUUACGGCGAUGAAAGCAAAGAUCUGGUCACACCCUAAUGAUGCCGGUCCAAAGGCAGAGGGACACCCUCUGUCUGGUGAAGGAGUGUUCCCAAAGCCGUCUACUUUAAACAACUUUCCACCACACACCCUGUCAAAGAACAGCCCACAAGAGGAAACAGUUUUACCCAGAACAACAGCCAUUACAGAGGGGAACCAAGAUACAGAGGUAGAAGGAGAAGAAAGCUGCAAGAUGGACAUCCGGAAAACCCCCGAACCAAAAGGUCCACCACUGGUUCCUGGAAAAGGGAGAAACCACCGCAGGAAAAGGGCUUCUGUUCACAGCUGGAGAAUGUACUUUCUAUGUUGGUGGUCAUUCGUAUAUGUUCCUGUCUCCGACGGCUUUUCUGGUGCUCAACUUGCAGCAGACCACAAGGUUAAGUGCUUUACCUGCAUGAACGAGGACAGAUGCCUCGUCAAGUUGAUGACCAUAUAUGACAGUAAACACGACCAUGUUCUGUACAAAAGAGACCUCAAUCAAACGUUUCCAGGAUGCUCUGUAAUCUCUCCAACUGGUCCUAAGAGCUGUGAUGUGUGCAUUCACCAGUUCAAAAUCAUCAUCCUCUGCGCAGAGGAUGUUGGAAAAUUAGACUUGGAUGAUAGCGAUGGACAACAGAUUCUCAACAUCUCUUCAGUCUGUGAUCUGAAUCAGACUCUUGACCAUACAUCUGAUGGAUUGAUUGUUAGCGGUGGUGAUCAGACUCCUGCUCAUGCACGCUAUGGAUUGAUUGUUAGCGGUGCCCUGUUUUUCACCGUGGUGGCAAUGCUGGUAGUCUACAGUCUCUGGCAGAAAAAGAGGACUGAAAGUGGUCAACAGUGAAGAACACUGAAGAAGACAGCAGUGUGUCGGGCCAUUCUCUCACCGAGCCAAAUUAUUGGCUUCUCAAAACAUAGCUUUAGCUGCCAUAGCCUUUAGAAAAUAGUUGUGUAGUGCUGCAACUCAUCAUUGUUUUAUUAUGAUUCAUUUUCUGAUAAUUUUCUUGAUUAAUCAAAUACAAAAUUAUGUAAUCAAAUUGCUUGUAUGACAUGCUUAUUUGACAAAUCAGCUUUCAGCUCUACUUGAUAACUAAUAAUGAUGUUUUAAAUUGGUGAGCUUUCUACAAAAAUGGCCAAAUGCAUAUGUGUAACUGCUGUCUUCAUUAAAAAUUGCUUUAAACAACA